ACGAGGCUGGACUGAAUCAGUAGAGAGAAAAUGAUAACGAACGGAGUUGAGGACGAAGAGAAAUGGCUCGCGGAAGGCAUCGCCGGCAUUCAACACAACGCCUUCUACAUGCAUCGAGCACUGGACUCUAACAAUCUUAGAGACGCUCUCAAAUAUUCAGCGCAAUUGUUGUCAGAGCUUCGAACUUCGCGAUUAUCUCCUCACAAAUACUACGAACUCUAUAUGCGAGCGUUUGAUGAAUUGAGAAAGCUGGAGAUGUUCUUCAAAGAUGAAGAUAGGCACGGUUGUAACGUCGUUGAUCUUUAUGAACUCGUUCAACAUGCUGGAAAUAUAUUGCCAAGAUUGUAUCUCCUAUGUACGGUGGGAUCUGUUUACAUCAAAUCAAAGGAGGCUCCUACUAAGGAUGUUCUUAAGGAUCUUGUUGAAAUGUGUCGUGGUGUUCAACAUCCCAUACGAGGGCUCUUUCUAAGGAGUUAUCUUGCUCAAGUCAGCAGAGAUAAGUUACCUGACAUCGGUUUUGAGAACGAAGGGGAUGCUGACACUAUCAUGGAUGCUGUAGAAUUUGUGCUGCAAAACUUCACAGAGAUGAAUAAACUUUGGGUUCGGCUGCAACAUCAGGGACCUGUCCGGUUCAAAGAGAGUCAGGAAAAGGAAAGAAGCGAGCUUCGUGAUCUAGUUGGGAAAAACUUGCAUGUUCUCAGUCAAAUAGAGGGUGUUGACCUUGAAAUGUACAAAGACACCGUCCUUCCCAGAGUCUUGGAGCAGAUUGUCAACUGUAAAGAUGAGCUUGCCCAAUACUAUUUGAUGGACUGCAUAAUUCAAGUCUUUCCAGAUGAGUACCACCUGCAGACCCUUGAGAUAUUGUUGGGUGCUUGUCCCCAACUUCAGCCAACAGUUGAUAUCAAGACAGUGUUAUCACAAUUAAUGGAGAGAUUGUCAAACUAUGCUGCUUCAAGUCCAGAAAUAUUACCUGAAUUUCUGCAAGUAGAAGCUUUUGCCAAAUUAAGCAGUGCAAUUGGGAAGGUGAUAGAAGCACAGGUGGACAUGCCUAUUGUCGGAGCCAUUACUUUGUAUGUCUCCCUUCUUACAUUUAUUCUCCGUGUUCAUCCUGAUCGACUUGAUUAUGUGGAUCAAGUUCUGGGAGCAUGUGUUAAGAAACUCUCUGGCAAAGCAAAGCUAGAAGACAAUAAAGCAACGAAACAGGUCGUAGCACUUUUGAGUGCUCCAUUGGAGAAAUACGAUGAUAUUGUUGCAGCCCUGACACUUUCUAAUUAUCCCCGUGUCAUGGAUCACCUUGAUAAUGGAACAAACAAAGUCAUGGCAAUGGUUAUUAUUCAAAGCAUUAUGAAAAAUAACACUUGUAUUUGUACUGGUGAUAAGGUUGAGGUACUGUUUGAAUUAAUAAAAGGGCUUAUGAAGGAUUUGGAUGGAACUCCUGUGGAUGAGCUUGAUGAGGAGGAUUUUAAGGAGGAGCAAAAUUCUGUCGCUCGCCUUAUACACAUGCUGUAUAAUGAUGAUCCGGAAGAGAUGUUUAAGAUUAUAUGUACUGUGAGAAAGCAUAUUAUAACUGGAGGAGCAAAACGCCUAUCUUUCACCGUUCCUCCUCUUGUUUUUUCUGCACUCAAGUUGGUGAGGCAAUUGCAAGGUCAGGAUGGAGAUGUAGUUGGAGAAGAAACUGUGACGCCAAAGAAAAUCUUUCAGCUCUUGAAUCAGAUUUUGUUUCAGACUAUCGAGGCUCUUUCAUCUGUUCCAUCACCUGAACUGGCUUUAAGAUUGUACUUGCAAUGUGCUGAGGCUGCCAACGACUGUGAUCUUGAACCGGUCGCUUAUGAAUUUUUUACUCAGGCAUUUAUAUUGUAUGAAGAAGAAGUUGCGGAUUCCAAAGCUCAGGUAACUGCAAUACACCUAAUAAUUGGGACCCUUCAGAGGAUGAAUGUAUUCGGGGUUGAGAACAGGGAUACUUUAACACACAAAGCCACAGGGUAUUCAGCAAAACUUUUAAAGAAGCCGGAUCAAUGCAGGGCAGUUUAUGCAUGUUCGCAUCUCUUUUGGGUUGAUGAUCAGGAUGGAGUCAAGGAUGGAGAAAGGGUCCUCCUCUGCCUAAAGCGUUCGUUAAGGAUUGCAAAUGCUGCACAACAGAUAGCGAAUGUUACACAUGGUAGCAGCGGACCUGUUACACUCUUUGUUGAGAUAUUGAACAAGUACCUCUAUUUUUUUGAAAAAGGAAACCCACAGAUAACUGGUGGUGCAAUCCAGGGCCUUGUAGAAUUAAUAAAAACAGAGAUGCAAAGUGACACAACCACCCCAAAUCCGGCUUCGGAUGCUUUCUUUGCGAGUACAUUGCGAUACAUUCAGUUCCAGAAACAAAAAGGCGGUGCAAUGGGUGAAAAAUAUGAUUCCGUCAAGGUGUGAUCAUUUGGAGAUUGUAAUGAUGUUGUGAAGUAAGCAUGUAGAAACCGCAGACGCAUUGGUGUGCAUUUGGAGCUGCUGUUGCUGGGGUAAAAACGAGUGGAUAUGAAUCGAAUGAUCCGGUGCAUUCCCUCCAAGAGUGGUUGGUUCUCUUUUUAUGUAAAUAAUUUUAUUUUGUUUUAUAUUGUUAAUUUGAGUAUAUUGUUAAUUUGAGUUUGUGGGUGGGACUUUUGGGGUUGGGGUUGGUAAAAAUCUGUUUCAUUGUAUUUUGAUCAUGGGAUUGGUAAUUGUUUCUGAAACCCGAUACAUUGAAAAACAUUUGUGAGUACUGAGUAGAAAUAAAAAGCUCUGGCAAAAGACCUAUGAUGGACUA